GGAGGCGAUGGGUGAGCGUGGCGCGCGGCGCGGCCCCGGCGGCGCACCGUUCUACGCGCCGCCGCGGCGGAAGACUUCUGCCGAGAUCAUCAGCGAGGCGCGAGCGGCGCUUUAUGGAGACAUGAGCGGAGCGUCUAGCAGCGCGGGCAGCGGCGGCGCUCUCCGUCCGCUGCGUACUCGCCGCCCGUUCACACCGAGAGAACCACAGCGCGUAUUGUUUGGAGAACGAGCUCGUAGGGAUCCUCGCCCGCCCAGUGCGUUCGAUGAACAGAGCGUCAAGCAGCGCAGGCAGCGGCGCGCUCCCCGCUGCGUACUCGCCGCCCGUUCACACCGAGAGAACCACAGCGCGUAUUGUUUGGAGAACGAGUUCGGAGGGAUCCUCGCCCGCCCAGUGCGUUCGAAUUACUGUAAGGAUGUUUUGUAUCCUGUCAUCUACAGCCUAAAAUACCUGAGUCUGAGCGAGAGCAACGAGGACGCUCGCGUCGCCGGGCUCGAAGAGGAAAUCGACCACGAAAUACACAACAUCAGGAAGAAGGCCACUCGACAGCCGGCUCAUCAGACUGCAGAAAGAGCUGGCGAGGGUUGGGGCGCGUUUCCGAAGCUUCCGCACCUCAGCGGGAAAAGCAAGCCUCUGCAUCGGAGGAACACCACGGGACAGACCACGCCUGAUGGCUCGAAAAACGAUGUAGAUUUGACCAAUAUGAUAUCGAUAACGCACCCUCUGGGAAGUGAAAGUGGCGAUGGUGACGACUUUAGUACGGAACUCAACAGUAAAUCUCUGAGCCCAGACCCCGGGAUACGUCGCAAGCAUUUUGCGACGACAAAAUCACAGUCAUACGACGUUGGAGGUGGAUACCCGCUGGGAAGCAUACCCGUCAAGCAACUCUCGGUUCAACUCCCGAAUACUUCAACAUCUGAAGACCCUGAGAAUAUGACAGUGCUAGAGCUCGCGGAGGCUCUCUCCCAGCGCAGCCGAGACGUCGAACGAACAGUCCAGCUAAUGGAGGCGCUUCAAAACUGCCUCGAGAAGUCCAUGCCAGCUACCAGUCUCAGAGAUAUGGUGCUACGUUCCUUCUACACUCACAUAGACAGUGAUGAUGAGAGGGUGCUAGUGGCUAUAGCGAGGGCCAUGCUUACGAUGAGAGUCACAGGAGCUCAUUUAGCGGCCGCUUGCAAACUGGUCUUUAAGAUUGCAAGAAAUGACAAGAAUGAUUACUUCUUCAGGAACACUAAUUUGUUAGAGCUGCUAGUGGAAGGCUGCGGGCGCGCCGACCCGCUAUCCGAAGGCGAGUGUUGCGUCUACGGAGCAGGGGCGUUGCGUUUCCUCGCGCUGGAGCCGCGACUGUGCACCCUCGCUCACCGCGCAGGCGCGCUACAUCUGGCCGCGUUGCAUUUGAAAAUAUUGAACAAUGCAAAAGCCGAGAACCCCCGAGGCGUGUCUGAGCAGUCCACACACGCGCUCUAUCAACUGACGGGCGCGCUACGGAACUUGGCGAGCGGCGAGCGCGCGGCGCGAGCAUUCGUGUCGAGCGGUGCGCUCGGCGAGCUGCUCGCCGCGCUUGCGCACCAUACUGACCGUGCUGUGCUCACUAACGUUGCGCGGUGUCUUAGUGUUCUUUCAGCGAACGAGUCGUGUUGCCUCUGGCUAUGCGGGGCUCCAUCAAGCGCGGGUGCCCUGCUCCGCGCGCUGGCGGCGUGCGCGGCGCGGGCGCCGCUCGCGGUGCGCCUGGCGUACGUGCUUGGCAAUAUGGCCGCCGCUACUGACCAAGCUAGGCUGAAUAUCUACAACGAAGAGGGUGGAGUGGACGUAUUACUCACGAUUUUGGAGUCGUACACGAAAAGAAACAACGACCACGAAGUUAGGGACUCGGAAAGCGAUCCCGACAUGCAUUUAGUAGGCACAGACAUGGGUGGUUCUGAUGGCUCCAACGAAGACGUGCUAAUCAAGACAGUCCGAGUGGUAGCCAACCUGUGCCUUACAGAGCGCGCGGGGCGUGGAUUGUGCGCCGCGCAUGCAGAGCGGACCGUGCGUGCGCUGCUUGGCUGCCUCGAACUUGCGGAGAAAGCCCAUGAGCCGAUGGUAAGUAGACUAGUAGCCAACCUGUGCCUUACUGAGCGCGCGGGGCGUGGAUUGUGCGCCGCGCAUGCAGAGCGGACCGUGCGUGCGCUGCUUGGCUGUCUCGAACUUGCGGAGAAACCCCAUGAACCGAUGGAGAACCAAUCAGAGGAAGGUACGAUGGACCGCCGAGAAGAAUUAGCCACAGCAGCGCUAGCGACGCUCAACAACGUCACGUUCUACCGCGAGCCGCCUGCGCCUCCUGAUCCUCUGGCCGAACCUCUGGACGACGUCUGCAAAGCAACGUGUCGAUGGCUGGGCGGCGGCGGCGGCGCGAACGCAGCGUGCGAGGCGGUGCGCGCGCUUGGUAACCUGUCGCGCUCGCAGCGCGCGGCGCAGCUCAUCGUGCUCGAGGGCGUGCUGGACGCGCUGCCCGCUUUCCUACAUCACGAGGAAGCCAGUGUCCGCUGCGCUGCCGCCGGCGUGCUCGUGAACGUGUGCGGCGCGGGCUGCUCGGCGCGCGCGGCGGGGCAGGCGGCGGCGCGCGCGCUGCCCGCGGCGGCGGCGGCGCGCGACGCGCCCCAGGCGGCGCUGCUGGCGCGCGCGCUGUGGAACGCGUACGCUCACUGCCCGCUCGCGCCCGCUAGUACCAAGCAAGCUGCAGCGGCUCUUGCCGCAUUUAUUGACGACGAAUCCGUGUUCGCCGCGUGCGAGGCGCCCGCGGCGGGCGAGCGGCGCGCCAGCGAUCCGCAAAUAAAACAUCACGUGAAAUUCGACCUCGACAACAACAACUAUUCAAACAAAGAGUUUCAGCGGCCGAUGUUCGUCAAAGCACACAGCGUCGAACACGAGUUGCAUCUCGAGGGUUGCUCGGAGGAGGAUAGCGACCAUGCGCUUUCGGGGGAAGAUCUCGGGUUCGAGGAAGGAGACAUGCUGGUAGAAGACGGAUGCGAGUGCGGGCCGUGCCGCAGACUGGCGGCCUGGGAAGAGCUCGUGGGCGUUGCCAUCCCACUGCUGGAGAAACUCAAACCCCCGCGGUCUGACGCAUCUGUUGGCACCGAUUAGUAAACCCGAUAAUGCAGGUGGCAUUUUUUUAUGAUAUAUAUGUCAAGCGGACCCCAGGCUUCGAGGAGCCGUGGCAAAAAUGCCGGGAUAACGCAAGGAAGAAGAAGAAGAAUAGGCAAAUGAACAGACGGAUCCCCUCAUGGUUAGCAAUUACCGUAGCCCAUGUAUACCCGCGACACCAGAGGGAUAGUGCGUUGCAUUUAAGAUGAGAGUACGCAUUUUUCUUGAAGGUCGUAACGGUCCGGAAAUUCGCAGGCGAUAGUUCAUUCCAGAGGUUAGCUGUGCGAGGCAAGAAGUUUCUGGUGAAGUGAAACGUACAGUUGAGGACUGCCAGACCAUUGUUUCGCAUGGACGAUGGUCACAAUAAUGUCUAUUAGCGGGAUUCUAAAGAUCUAAAGACUAAUUGUUUAGCACUUUUGCAGGUUGAUUGUCGUAUAAAUUGAAUAGUUUUUGUUUAUAUAAACGAAUAUCUAGGAAUUCUAGAAAGCGGCUAGGUAGAUAGCUUUACUAGUUUAAAAUGUACAUCGAAAUUGCAAGACUUGGUAUAUAUCUAUUAGAAAAUUAGACGAGAAAAAAUUAGUAAAACUAGUUGUAGUGGUCUGAGAAUAUCCUUAUAGUGAGAUACCUAUUUGUGUUUGCGAUAUGUGACGUUUUGAAGCAAAAGGUACCACAUUGUCGAUUGUACAUAAGGUUGAUUUCAAAUUGAAGCUAUAUGGAAAUAGCGCCUUAUUGACAACCGGCAAUAAGUACCUACCCUUUUGGUUGAAAAUGGCACAUAUAUUUUCCUUAUAUCUAAUUCGUGUAAAAUAUUAUUUUUAUACUUAUUUCAUCAAUCACGGUCUUUAUAUCCGUAAUUUUUAAUCACUAAAGUACUCACUGUAAUUACUUCCUCGUAAUCUUAAUUAAUUGUUCAUAUCGUAAAAUUUCCGCGUAUAUAUCUAGAACUGUCUAAUAGUGUCAGUAGUUACCUAUGCUAUUUUAAAUACCUACUUGUACAGUCACCCUGAAUUGUAGCUGUAACAAUUAAACGCAUAAGUAGCUCAUUAACUGUGGUUCAGUUCUGUCGUAGUAUAUAAUUUUACGUGAUGUAUAGUAUAAGGGAGUCAUACCUAAUUCCUGAUUGGAAGGAGUCGCUUUCGAAAAAAAUAGUGACUGCGCCAAUCAGACAGAGCUUUAUUUUAUGUUCGCGUCUUUCCGCGCGUCGCGUUUCUAAAAUAAGGGGAGGAUAAGGAGGGAGGAGGUCGAGAAAAUGUGACAUGUUGGGACAAGGGAAAGGGGGAUUUACAAACUUUGUGACGUCACAUUAACUUCAUCUGUAACCGAAAAUUGUUUUGUUUGUUUUAUUUGCUGUUCAGUUAAAUAUACACUUUUUGCAAUGAUUGAUUAGGUAUCGUUUUUAUUCGUAUUUUAUUAACCGACUUCCAUUUCAUAGAAGGAGGAGGUUCUGUAUUCGGUUGUGGCUAUGUUUUUUUUUUUUUAUGUUAUAUUUUUUAUUACUAUUUGGUUUGGUGUUAUAAAAAAUGUAAAGAAUAUUGCUUUGCCGAUUUCAUUGAAAGCACAAGGAGGUGUCACUUGUAUGGAAUCCUCAUGCAGCACCCCUCCUCAGCUGUGUCUUGCUCCGAGCAAAAUAAACUUAUGUUAGUCUUACCCCACCUUACCUUACGUUAGAUCAGUGGUGGGCAAACUUACUUCGUGGGGGGCCAAAAAGUUUAGGAAAUUUAAGUGGAGGGCCAGAAUUGUAGCCAAAAUUUAUUUUGAUUUGCGAUAAUGCCAGUGCCAUAUACUAAAUUAUUUCAUAGGACCGGCGGCGGGCCGGAUAAAAUCCAUUCGCGGGCCGGAGAUACCCCGCGGGCCGUACUUUGCCCACCACUGCGUUAGAUGUUGCUACUCAACAUCUAACGUAAGCAAACCUACGUUGUAUACGUUGUAUUUGUACCUUUUUUAUUAAUUAUCUAUUGUAAUGUACCUACUUGUAAAAAAUCUUUGUAAAUAGAAACCAUAGAUUCGUAGUUAUUUACAUGUACCAAGGGAAAUCCGUCCAAUUAUGUUACCUAAAUAU